UUAAAGCGACGAAGAGUGUUGUUUACGCCUACACUCGGUUCAAGAUGGCUGCUGGAGACAACAGCGGUAGGCCUCCUUGCCUUAAUUUCUCCGGUCCGGGUCCUUUGGGAAACAGCCAGCCCAGCAACAGCGUUUUCUCCAUGCCAGCGUCCAACGGCGGAGCGGCCGGUGCGGGAGGCGGAGCACAGGGAGCGGGGAGGCGACCCAACCCGCAGCUGGGGCCUGGUGGCGGAGACAGCAACGGUGUUUCGAGCGGAGCUCAGCCGACUGCGCAGAACUCCCUGCAGCAGUCCGCUGCGGCAGGUGCUGCGGCAGCCGGAGUAAUGGCCACCCCGGCGUCCAACAUGGCAGCCACCGCAGCGUCAAACGCGUCGGCGUCGGGAGCACCGAGCGCCACUCCGGCAGCUGCCUCUGUGCUGGUGUACCGAGAGCCGGUGUACAACUGGCAGGCGACGAAGAGCACCGUCAAGGAGAGGUUUGCGUUCCUCUUCAACAACGAAGUGCUCAGUGACGUUCAUUUUCUAGUGGGCAAAGGAAUGGGGGUUCAGAGGAUACCUGCGCACAGGUUUGUUCUGGCCGUGGGGAGCGCAGUGUUUGAUGCCAUGUUCAACGGUGGGAUGGCGACGACCUCAACGGAGAUAGAGCUUCCUGAUGUGGAGCCAGCUGCCUUUCUGGCCCUGCUAAAGUUUCUCUACUCUGAUGAAGUCCAGAUCGGGCCUGAGACGGUGAUGACCACGCUAUAUACAGCUAAAAAGUACGCAGUGCCGGCACUGGAGGCUCACUGUGUGGAGUUCCUCAAGAAGAACCUGAGAGCAGACAAUGCUUUCAUGCUGCUCACACAGGCACGGUUGUUUGACGAGCCUCAGCUUGCCAGCCUUUGUCUAGAGAACAUUGAUAAGAACACUGGGGAUGCUCUCGCCGCUGAAGGCUUUACGGACAUAGAUUUGGAUACAUUGGUGGCGGUGUUGGAGCGGGACACUCUCGGGGUGAGGGAGGUGCGUUUGUUCGCUGCGUCGGUGCGCUGGGCAGAUGCGGAGACUCACAGACAGCAGCUGCAGCCAACGCCCGAGAACAAACGCAAAGUGCUGGGCAAAGCUCUCACGCUCAUCCGCUUCCCUCUCAUGACCAUUGAGGAGUUCGCUGCAGGUCCAGCCCAGUCGAAUAUUCUGACUGACAGAGAGGUGGUGAGCCUCUUCCUUCACUUCACUGUGAACCCGAAGCCUCGCGUUGAAUUCAUUGAUCGGCCUCGCUGCUGCCUCCGCGGGAAGGAGUGCAGCAUCACGCGCUUUGGGCAGGUGGAGAGCCGCUGGGGUUACAGCGGGACGAGCGACCGCAUACGGUUCUCAGUAAACAGAAGGAUAUUUGUGGUUGGGUUCGGUCUCUACGGCUCAAUACACGGACCCACAGACUACCAAGUUAACAUACAGAUCAUUCACACAGACAGCAACACGGUGCUGGGCCAGAAUGAUACAGGCUUCAGCUGUGACGGGUCAGCCAACACCUUCAGAGUCAUGUUCAAAGAACCGGUGGAGAUAUUACCCAACGUCAACUACACUGCCUGUUCUACACUGAAGGGCCCAGACUCUCAUUAUGGGACUAAGGGAAUGCGAAAGGUAACGCACGAGUCAUCGUCCACUGGCACAAAGACGUGUUUCACUUUCUGCUACGCGGCGGGCAACAACAACGGCACGUCUGUAGAGGACGGACAGAUUCCUGAGGUCAUCUUCUACACAUAGUCACCUCCUGACAUUGCAACGAUCUUCCAUCAAAUGUGACAACCUGACACCAGCGCGGGGCCGCACCUCAGCAGCCGUCUCUCAGACAUCAUACUGUUCUC